CCAUGCCCAUAUGCCACCUCGACGACCCAACGGGGAACGUCGUGUACGACGUCGCGCCUGACGCGCAUGGCACGGACAGCAUGGCCGAGCUGGCGACCUUGCUGCAGCGGGCGCAAGCGGUGACGCCGGCGACGUCGACGUUCUCUCGGCGUCUCGGGCCGGAUCCUACUAUCAAGGUAUUUAGAUGGACGGACUUCAUUACGAUGUAGGGCGAACUAACUCGCACAUGAUCGACCUUCUCAAGCUCACGGACGUCGACGGAGCCGGCUUUGGAAAGCGCUACUACUUUGUUUGACGACGGGGUCGUUGUCGACCAUCUUAACGAGUACGAACGAGAGCAUGCCGGCUACGCGUAGCGCCGUUCUCGAGCUUCACGAGCCAUGCGGCAAGUGGGCACUCGGCGCCAUUCGGAAGCGCGCCUGGCCUGUCAAACCGCGC